AUGGCUUAUGAUCCUAAGAAAUCAAGUAAAUUAUACUUUUACGUUCGGAUAAAUGCUGUUGAUAAUGUUAAACGAACUCUUAGAUGGACAACAAUUGAUGAUAUAAAUCGUAUCGAACCAAACAGGAGUACAGCACUUCAUGCAGCAUGUUAUUAUGGUUAUAAAGAUAUUGUGGAAUUAUUAAUAAACGCUAAAGCGAAUCGUUCGAUUAUAAAUGGAUACGGUAAUACACCGUUACAAGAAGCUGCAACAAAUGAAAUAAGAUGUUUACUAGAAUGUCCAACUCCACAAGAGUCUAAAGUUGAUUGGUUAAUAAUUGAUGACACAAAUCUUGUUAAAAAUGCAAUAAAAUACCGUUCUACAUUAAAGAAAUUAAGUUAUGAUAUUCGAGAUUCAAUACCAACAAUUAUUACUAAAUAUCUAGAUAAAGAUUUACAAAAUAUAGCUGGUAUUGAAAAAAUUAAACAACUAUUUAUUGAAGCAGAUAGAAACAAUAAUCCUAAAUCUAUUAUUGAAGCUUAUACAUUAGACACGGAAUUUUGUCAUCAGUUGAAUCGUGAUUUAGCUGCAACAUCUCGAGAUGUAUUAAAUGUUAAAUGGUUUGCAUAUAAUGAUCCAUUUUUAAAGUUUUGGACUACUCAUGGCUGUUUAGCUGGUAUUAUUGCACAACAUUCAAAAUUAAAAGAAUAUCGAUUUUUUGGUAAAUCUUGUUAUCGUGGUAUGAAAUUAAGUCAGAAUGAUUUAGAACUGUAUAAAGUUAACGAUAAACCUAUUAUGACUAAAUCUUUUUUAUCAACAUCAAAAAGUAAAACCAUAGCAACUGAAUUUGCGUUGAAUGAUGAUUACAAUAUUAGUAAUCACAAAUAUCCGAUAGUAUGUACAUAUAAGGUAUUAAAUAAACAUACAGCAUUAGAUAUUGAAAAUUUAUCAGUAUUUAAAUCUGAAAAAGAGGUUCUAAUUGCACCAUAUACUGUAUUUAAAGUAAAAAGUUGCACGGAAGUGGAGUUUACAUCCGGCAAAAUCGGUUAUGAAAUGGAAUUAGAAGAAUGUAUUUGA